AUGUCCAAAGCAGACGGUGACCUGGACCGAGACCGAGCAUAUGAUCUAAGAGUCCGACGACAAGUGACAACGUCCAAAGUAGACGAUGGUGACCUGGACCGAGAACGAGCAUAUGAUCGACGAGUCCGACGACAAGUGACAACCUCCAAAGCAGAUGGUGACCUGGAACGAGAACGAGCAUAUGAUCUAAGAGUCCGACGACAGGUGACAACGUCAAAAGCAGAUGGAGACCUGGACCGAGAACGAGCAUAUGAUCUAAGAGUCCGACGACAAGUGACAACGUCCAAAGCAGAUGGCGACCUGGACCGCGACCGAGUAUAUGGUCUAAGAGUCCGACGACAAGUCACAAUGUCCAAAGCAGACGGUGACCUGGACCGAGACCGAGCAUAUGAUCUAAGAGUCCGACGACAAGUGACAACGUCCAAAGUAGACGAUGGUGACCUGGACCGAGAACGAGCAUAUGAUCUAAGAGUCCGACGACAAGUGACAACGUCGAAAGCAGAUGGUGACCUGGACCGAGAACGAGCAUAUGAUCUAAGAGUCCGACGACGAGUGACAACGUCCAAAGCAGAUGGUGACCUGGACCGCGACCAAGCAUAUGAUCUAAGAGUCCGACGACAAGUGACAAUGUCCAAAGCAGACGGUGACCUGGACCGAGACCGUGCAUAUGAUCUAAGAGUCCGACGACAAGUGACAACGUCCAAAGUAGACGGCAACCUGGACCGAGACCGAGCAUAUGAUCUAAGAGUCCGACGACAAGUGACAAUGUCCAAAGCAGAUGGUGACCUGGACUGA